ACUACAUUGGCUUUGUUCUCCUCCUGGCCGGAUAUCUGAUCGUACGGACGCCUUUAUCUUUGAUCGACCAAGGCGUGUGACUCCGGUCGGCGAGCUAAUAGAGGAGCAGGUCCAAUUCACUGUCGAGCCUUUCCACCGCAUGUUCUCCCUCAACGACCUCCGCAUCGCCUUUCCCCACGCCGAGGAAGAGCGCGUUCCCCUCGUGCACAACUUCCUCUACGCCCUCUUUCUCCCCCUCCUCGUGCUCCUCCUCACCAACCUCUUUACCCACGCCUCCGCGCACAAACAUCAUGUCGCCGUCCUCGGCCUCGCCAUCUCCCUGAUCCUGGCCUCCUUCCUCACCGACGUCAUCAAAAACGCAGCCGGCCGGCCCCGGCCCGACCUGCUCGCGCGCUGCGUCCCCGAACCCGGCACGCCGCGCGACGUCCUCGUCACCAUCGCCGUCUGCACCCGCAGCUCCAAAACAGACCACCACACGCUCCACGACGGCUGGCGCUCGUUCCCCUCGGGCCACAGCUCCUUUUCCUUCGCGGGGCUGGGGUACCUGAGUCUGUUCCUGGCGGGCCAGCUGCGCGUGUUUGCGCACACGGCGCCGUCUCGGGGCCAGCUCGUGGAAAAGGUGGUGCGCGGCGAUUUGGUACGGGCGCUGCUCUGUGGCGCGCCGCUCCUCGGCGCGACCAUGAUCGCUAUCAGCCGGUGCCAGGACUACAGGCAUGACGUCUGGGACGUGAGUGUUGGGGCGCUGUUGGGGUUGACGGUGACGUAUUGGAGCUAUAGGCGGUACUGGCCUAGGCUGGGGAGUGGGAGGUGCGAUGAGCCGUUUGCUGGACCGCCGGGGGCAGAGGAGGUAGGGUAUUAUGGGAGGGUGAGGGAUCUGGAGGAGGGGCCAGGGUCGAAUGUCGAUUGAAUGUACCGGCCAUCUGGUGUACAUAUUGCGGCGUUGAAGGUUUGGGGUCUGCGCGUUUGCGGUAAUUGUGAGGGUUGGAUGGCUUCCCACGACACCACGCAAGCUGCUCGACCACCGUUGAGCACGGAGUUUGCAAUGACCUCUAAAAGUACAAGCAUAGAUCGCAAGCAGCCUACUUCUGUCUUAUCGCCCAUCUAUCACUUCUCAACCUACUUUUCCUCGGCUGUCUCAUCCUUGGCCAAGUCGUGUUCCUUCAAUAACUGAUUGAUCUCUUCCGCGCUCCAUAGCUUAUGGAAGAUCUUGCCGUCCUUGG